AUGACAAUAUACAAAAACAUCAAACAAAAGUACAAUGAGCACACAUACAGAACGGCCCAGCAAUAUUCGAAACACCAAAAACAAAUAGCCAAGCUCAAAACAUCGGUAACAUUUUUAAUAAAAUGUAAGAGAACAGGCAUCAUACCAAACUUCAUAAUCAAUGCAACCAAACACACUAACAACAUCUUCCAAACACACAAAACCAAGAAAAUCCCGCCAAAUAUUGAGAAAACAUUACACAGGUACAUUCACAACUUUCACACGAAAGUAUUAAAACUUCUAAUACAAUACAAACACAAGCAAAUCCACUCUUUUAAAGAGAAAGUAGAGAAUACAAAGACUAAGCUAGGAGAACUACUGACUCAAGAUGAUUUCCUACAAUACCUCGACAGUGAGCUUACUCUCUACAAGGGCAAUGUUAGCAAAAGCAAGACAACACACAUAAAGAAACUACAGGCACUCACACAACGACAAGACAAGGCCCUCAACAUUAGACGCAACGACGUGUGGUUUGUGAAUAAAACAGAGCGAGAGAUACCAACGAACGUACAAUGGAUUCUCUCUUUAGGUCCGAAACACGCUCUCCCACACACCAACAAGAACUUUCCACUCUUGCAAGUCAUUGCAGAGGGAGAGGAGUGUGUACAAACUAUAGAGAAUAGAGAGGAACAGGAGAUGGGUAGAACCAAGCUUACAACAUUGAUAGACGAUCACUUACGAAAGUCAAAGAUGAGCAUGAGAGACAAAUAUGUGGUGGACACAGUGUCUCAAACAAGAAAAUAUUUAAAGGAGAAUGAGGAUUUAUUAAUUUUAACGGCAGACAAGGGAGGAAAGACAGUGGCUUUGUACAAAGAUGACUACGAGCAAAAAAUGAAGGCAAUAAUACACGAUAUGUGUAUGUAUAGGCGCUUAAAGAUUGACCCAACAUCUAGGCUACAGACAAGGAACAACAAAUUGGUGGAUAAACUUCACAACUUGAAUCUUAUCAGCAUCCAGGAGAAGAAUAAAUUGACCAGCAAGACCGCAUUGGCCCCUCGAAUAUAUGGACUCCCAAAGAUCCAUAAAGAAGGUACACCGUUGAGACCAAUAUGUUCAUCAAUAAACGCGCCGUCCUAUCAUCUAUAUGUGGUUAAUUAA